GAAAACUUGACCUUAAGAGGUGUAAUCGAUAGGGUCGGCUCGUCGGAGUAGAGAUGCCUGGACCUCGCCAAUUUAAGUUGCCGGAGAUUGAAAGCCUCCGUUUGCUAGAAACAUAGGUACCUACCCUUUAUCCAUCUCUCGAAACUACCUACAUAAGAGGUAGAUCUCGUGAAUCGCCAUAUCCAGUCCAAAGUACAACAUGCAGAUAUCGAAGUCCGUAGAUGAGGGCGCGUAUGAGGGCGUCGGCCUACUCGUAUUGGGAGCGGGUUGGACUUCAACAUUUCUUAUUCCGCUUCUAAAAUCCGAGCAGAUCAAGUAUGCAGCUACAACCAGGGACGGCCGGGAUGACACAAUUCAAUUCAAGUUCGAUCCUAAAUCGAGUGACGCGGGGCCGUUCGAGAUGCUACCGAUCGCCAAGACGGUACUAAUCACAUUUCCGCUCCAGGGAGAAGGCCAAGCAAAGCAUCUGGUACGCAUGUACGAAUCCACACAUCAAAAGCCCGGUCGCUCCAAGCCGCACUUUAUACAACUAGGCGCUACAAGUAUUUGGACGGCUCCAAAAUGGCAAGACGAAUCAUCACCCUAUGAACAUGCCGACUCCCGCGCCAUUGCUGAAGAUGAGUUGAUGGCAUGUUCCGAGGGCGCCGUGCUGAACCUCGCCGGACUGUACGGAAAUGCCCGACAGCCACGGGAUUGGGUAGACCGCGUGGUGAAGUCAAAAUCCGAUCUAAAGGGGAAAGGCGCACUACAUGUUAUUCAUGGCGAGGACGUCGCCAGAGCUGUUGUCGCGCUGCACCGAAAUUUUACCCCCAAGAAACGGUGGCUCCUGUGUGACAUGCAUGUCUACGACUGGUGGGAUUUAGUACAGGACUGGGCAAUCCAAACUUUGCGGAGCGCCGAGGUUGGCGUCGGUCAAGUUGACACAUCGACCGCCAAGGUCGAGAGGCAGACGGAGUUGCUAAAUUGGGUUGGCGAGCUCAUGCUAGAAGAGGGCGUAAGGGCACUCCCAAGAGAUACGUCUUCGCUAGGGAGAACACUGGAUGGUAGGGGAUUCUGGAAGACAAUGGGCAUCUGGCCGACUCAAGGGCGGAUUAGAUAAAAGACGAGCCCCCCUCGAAUCUCCCAGAGACCAACAGCUAGGUAU